AUGUACUCAUCGUGGGGAUCCUCAUAUGGGUCCUACAGCUCACUGAGCUCGACCCUCUCCUCCACCUCAGCUAUGGACAUCUCACCGUCGCCGGCUUCAUCAUAUGGUGCCUCAUGCGCCUUUCCCUCGUGGCCUCGAAGGAGUUCCUUGGACAGGGAGGAGAAUGAGCGUCCCUCCUCGUUUCUCUCAGAUGAGGAACUUCUCGGCGACCCCUUUGAGGACUCCGACACACAGUCGAUCAGCAGCACCAGCAGUUCCGCUGAUGCCUCACCACGCCAAGAACCGACUGCCGACGAGCUGUUCCAGCAACAGCGUGAGCGCGCUCUUGCACAGAAGCAGUACAUUCAGCACAUGGUCACCGAAAAGGAGCGCAAGCGCCAACAGGCCAGGAAAGCUGCCGCUGCGCUGCACAGCAACCAGCGCAAGAGCAGUCCCAAGAAGGCCAGCCACAAAACCAAGCUCAACAACAUGACGACAAUCACUGAAUGA